CUAGUCGCCUCGCCGUGUCACAGACAGUUCUCCUAAGCCCGUGUGACAACUCCCAUACUGUCCCUUUGUGACCUGCUUAAUCCCCCAUAAUGCCCAGUCUUUGCGUGCUGUGCCUGGCCGCCGCGCUGGCCGCGUUCGCCCGCCUCGCCGCCUCGGUGGGACCGGUGGUCCGGUGUGAGCCGUGCGACGCCGGCGCACUGCUGCAGUGCAAGCCGCCGCCCAAGGACUGCGCGGAGAGCGUGAGGGAGCCCGGCUGCGGCUGCUGCAUGACGUGCGCCCUCGCCGACGGACAGGCGUGUGGAGUGUACACGGCGCGCUGUGGCUCCGGCCUGACCUGCCAGCCUCUGUCCGGGGAGAGCCGACCCCUGCUCGCUCUUCUGGAAGGACGGGGGGUGUGCACCAGCGCCGCGUCCACCAAGCUCAAGAGCCUCCUGGUGCCGGCGCAAAAAGCAGAAAAACUGGGAAACCACGACGACAACGAUGCUAACGUGACCCAGACGGUGACGGCGUUGCCCGGUGCGGCAACGGUGGACUGCGGAGGGAAGAUGGUGAACACCAGGCCUCCGCUGCACGACAUCCUCAUCAAAAAGAACGAGAAGAAAAGGGCACAGAGCCACAAGGUGGAACCGGUGGCAGGAGGAGUCAACACGGACACGCACAACUUCUCCCUAGAGAGCAAACGGGAGAGUGAAUAUGGGCCGUGUCGUCGGGAGAUGGAAAGCAUCAUGAGCAAUCUUAAAAUCACCAACAUCCUCAACCCGAGAGGCGUCCGCAUACCCAACUGUGACAAAAAGGGCUUCUACAAGAAAAGACAGUGUCGUCCAUCCAAAGGCAGAAGACGGGGCCACUGCUGGUGUGUGGACAAAUACGGGCAGCCUUUACCUGGUUACGAGGGCAGUAAGCACAGUGCUACACAGUGCUACAACCUGGAGAGCCAAUGAGAGGACAGAAGGACGGCGUACGGAUGGAGAAAGGAAAAAGCAUGGGGAUGGGUGUAUGGGGAAAAGAGAAGAAAGAGAUAAAGAAAAAGAGCCCUGUUUGCUCUUUUUGCUGUUUUUUUGUUUUUUUAUGUAGACAUUUCAUGGAGCUCUGGACCUUUUGAUUUCAGGUCCCAUUUCUGCCGGAGAGGCAGGGAGGUGAGGGCGAGUGGGUGUGGCACCGCCUCCUGUCUCUCUAUCCUUUCUUUAAAAAAAGAUUAAGCUGAAAGCUGAGAGUAUGGGAGGAAAGAGAGAAUCCUAUCAUCUGCACUAUUUUUUUAAGAGGGAGAGGAAGGAGGGAUUUUUCCACUCACCUUAAAGAGGACUUGUUUUUGACUGUGAUCUCCCCACCACCACCAAAAAAAGAACACCUUUCUAUUGUGUGUGUGUCUUGUAAUCCAUAAGCGCCUGCAUAACCUGCGUUUUUACAGCUGCCUGCCCAUGCACGAUGGUGUGCGAGUGUGUGCUCUCCCAAAAACUGUUUAUUUGUGUAAAUACCUUAAGUCGCUCAGCUCAGUUUUGGAGAUGCUCAUCUCCGGUCCCCGCUCCAUUAAAUAAUGCAGAAAGACGUAAACAGUCUCUGGCUCAGGGUCCAUUUUCAAAUGAAAGAAUAUGAGAGCACCGUUAGCCUUUUCCUCAAAGCCUCGCGCAGUUACAAUGCCUUUAAGCUAACCUUUUCCCGCUCUCCCUUUCCCCUCAGCCUCUCCUGUCUUCACUUCAAAAACUGCUUCGUACAAAAAGUCAUAUCAAGGUUGCCAUCUUUGUAGCUAGCACUUUAUUGAUGGUAGCAGGUGCAGAUUUGACAGAUCAAAGUAACUAAAAUAGGAAACUUAACUAAUGAUUUUAGCUAACAAUGCCCCACUGUCACGUUUAUAAGUACAAAAGUAAAUUUAAAAGAAAAUUUACAAAACUAUGUAGCUACAAAUAAAACCUUAAACGUUUGGGCCACAAUUAGAGAAAACUGUAGCUAAAUAACGUUAAAUGCUAGCUAAUAGCAGUCAAUUUUAAACAUAUGAACAAUGCCUUUAUUUUUAAUUUUAUAUAACUUAUCCUUAACUCUUGUAUUCUUUUUUCAACCAAGGAGAAAAUUUGAAACUAAAGUUAAAAAAAAUAAAAAACAACAAAAACAACCAGACUCCGUCAAUAAAUUAUUUUAGCUAGCAAGCUAGUACAUUUUUAAGUAAAAAAACGAUAAGGCAACAGAAUGUUAUCAACUGAAGAAUUUUAGAGCACAGAUUUACUUCUAAAAGAUGAAAUAUACAGCAGAAAGUUGAGAUUUUAGUUUUUUCAAGUUUUGACUUUAGGCUAUGUCCACUGUUGUGCCUUUUCUACCUAAUUACAGAAAAUCUUAGGAAGAGGGAUGCCAAUAAGUAUUUUUCAUCAACAUCAAAAAUAGUCUUUUAUGUUUUACCUUGAACAUGUAACUCAGUUCAUAAAGUAGGUCUUUGGCUGCCAUAGGAUCCAUUUAACUCUUCAAACCUGCAGCAUUAGCUCCAGUGCUGACGUUCUUUGAAUUACCGAAACUCUUCAAUCAUUUACGCAAAUAACGUAAUUCCUACGGAGCUUCUCUGAAGCUGAGAAAAACAGUUUUGUUAGGUAACAAAGUGAUCAACAUAAUCAGCUAAUUCUGACCUGGGGUAUCGCAACUGGGAUUGGAAUUAUGCUAAUGGCGGAAACAGUUGAAGAGUUACAUUACUUCAAAAAACAUGUUUUUUCGACUCGCCAUCAACAGUUCCCUUAUCAAAGGAUUAAACAGUGAGUGUUUCUAAUUAAAUUUAAAACUCCUACACAUCAGUCCAACAAAGCAGAAACGUAAAAAUAAAUUCAGCCAGACUGUAAUUAGGCGUUAAACUAGCAUCUUUUGUUUUAGCUAAAAAUAAAAUGCUAGCAGUAUUAGAAUAUAUUAAGCAGAAAUUUGUAAAUUAAGCAUAUAACAUAGUGAUACUUAUAAAGAUUUUGAUGCUUUUGCAGCUAGUUUCACGAGCUAAAUAAAUAUAAAAAUCUUUUCAGUAAAGCUGCGAAAUGCAUUCAUGCUAACUGGUGUUUUUAAAUUACUACUGUGCCUUUUCACAGUUUUAAUCUACAUUUACACCUUUGGAUUUUUUAAUUGGAACAAAAUUGAAAGCAGAAACUGUACUUGUGUACAUGCAAGCAUUUCGACUUAAUGUUCAAAAAGAUGUUUGUCCAUACUGUUAAGACUUAAUUAGAGAGGAAAUUUCAAAGUUUUUUUUUUUUAAUCAGUUGAUUGCUAGUUUUCUCAGUUGCCACAACACAUUUGCUAAAACCACAACCAAACUAAUGUUGAGCAAAAUUAAGAUGCAAAUUAUAUAAAGAAAAAUCAAAAUUAUUUUAAAUACAUCUUCAAAAUAAAGUCAGACUGCAGAGAUAGCUAAAGCUAGCUGUUUUUCUUUGAAGUUUAGCUAAAAGACUGAACUAACAACUGAGCGUAUUAUUAUUAUUAUUUUAUAUAAACACGCAAAAUAUUUUCUAAUAUGAAUUGGACAUCCACAGAAUGAUCAUGUAGCAAUACGUUAUAAAAUACUUGCAAAGUGACAAAAAACUUUGCUAAAGCUAAAACAAAAUGUAAUUUACUACAUGUUUUGAAGUCAAAAUUUCAAAGUCCUCCCUUGACACCCACCGUUUAGCUAUAUUUAAAAUAUUUUUACUAUCAAAUGACAUUGCAAAUGCUUACGUUUUAACCUAAUUUUGGAGAAAUUCUUUUCACGAUAAACCAUCCAAAUGUAGCUGUAGUUGUAAGGGUUAAUGUUGUUAGCAACACGUUGUGAUUUUCCACCUUUGAGCUCUAUUUUCUCUUUAAUAGUAAUAUAUACUAAAUGGUUGACCCAGACGAGACUAAAAAAAACUCAGUCUGGAAUUCAGGCAAUGGUCUGUUUUUCCUUCUGUCCACACGACAAAAAAAAAAAAAAACAACUCUUUAAAAACUGUCAUUAAGGCUUUGAAAUUGUUGAAGCUGUGUGGAUGCCAAGAGCAAAACUACCAACAAAACACCCUGUUAUCCUAAAGAUAAUUAGAUAGAUUUGGUCCAAUUUUCUUUGACGGCUGUCUUUGUUCUGACAUAAUGGAGCUCCAUCCGUCCUCCAGUCCGGAGUUGUUGUCCUCCGCUUUGUCUUAACCCCAUGUCUGCGCCUAAUCCUGUCCUCCAGCAUCCUGCCACCUCCGCUCCUCUUCCAGUCAAUGGUGUAACCUGGUGUCGGCUUGUUUGAACGGGGCGAGCCCGGUGUGACCGUCUCGCCCCGUCGCAGGUGCCGGCUGCCCCUAUGCUUCAAGCACAAGCACUUAAAGCACUUUAGCUGCUACUCGUCAAUGCAUGCAGUUAAAGACAAUUGGACCUGUCUGCAUCUGCAUACCUGUGCUCAGAGGUAAUACCAGAUGAAACAGUGUGAUACGUAAGGAAAAAAAAAAGAGAAAAAA